UUUUGGAUACGAACGCUCGGACUGUGUCCGCCUCCUCCUCCUCCGCCCCACAAUGGCCUCUACAGUGGUAGCAACACUCUGUCCUUCUUCCUCUCGUCUGCUUCUCUCUACGCCUCCUCGUUUACCCGCCUCCCCUCUUUGUUCUUCAUCCUCCGUCGCCUCCUCUUCCCAUCGCUCCCGCGCGGCGCCACUGCCGAAGGGCCGAGCGCUCGCCUCGGCAGCGGCCCUACUGGCCGCCGGCGCCGGCCUCGCCCUCGCCGCCGCGUCCGCCAACGCCCUCCCGUUAGGCGCUUCGGCGGUGCUUCGGGAGCCGGAGAACGCGCUCUCCUUGCCCACCUGGGCCGUCCACUUCUCCAGCGUCAUCGAAUGGGUGACGGCCAUGGUGUUGGUUUGGGAGUACGGGGAGAAAUCGGGCUUCCCGAGUUGGAAAGGUCUUUCCUGGGGUAUGGUUCCUCUUCUUGGUGGUGCGUUGUGUGCUUGCACGUGGCAUUUCUUUUAUAACUCUGAGUCCCUUGAGGUAUUGGUUGCAAUUCAAGGAGCUCUAACAGUAAUUGGCAACAUGACCAUGUGCAUCGCAGCAUUUCGUAUAUUUAAAGCAUCUCAAGAGGGCUCCAAGAGCUCGUAGUUCACGUUAUGCCCGCAAACUCUUUGUUUAAUUAUUAUUGACGAGCUUCAGAGUAAAUGAGGAGAUGUAUGGCCUUCCUAUUUGUUGUAAAUUUAUGGCGUAUGUAAAUAAAUAAAUAAAUACAUACUUGUGUAAUCGUCUCAUCACACAGCAUGUAGAGAUUGAUGUGGGUGAACGAGGGAGGGGCUUGUAUUUCCCGUGUUCGGACCAAGAUAUGACGUCAUACACCCGCAUCUACUAACCAUAACCAUAUGCCUCGGCAAGCGCGACUGGCAGGUCCGCAAUCAUUGCGUGUUUUGGGUAGAAUCGUAUUUUUUUGGUCGGAAUAUAAAAAUUUCUAGCUGCAUCAACAAAAAUUAAA